AUGAAUAUUGGUCCAGUUAGGGCAUUCAACCUUAUGAGAAAGAUUCGUGGUGGAUUUGAUAAGGUUGGAGUGACGUCUACUGAUUGUAAAAAUUUUAAAAGAGAUAUUAAUUUGUUCAUUAGAGAGUUUGAUGUGGAUAUGGCUGUCCAACGUCUUAUGAAGAAGAAGCUGUAUUUGCCGAAUUUUUCUUGUGAAUUUUAUUGUGAUGAAAAAGGUGCUCUUGCUGGAUUAUUUUGGGCUGAUGAAGAAAUGAAACUGAAUUAUGAGGUCUUUGGGGAUGUUAUGUCUUUUGAUGCUACGUUCCGUACGAACAGGUAUGACUUGGUAUUUGUUCCGCUCACUGGAAUCGAUAAUCAUCAUCACAAUGUCACGUUUGCUGGUUCUUUGUUAGCAUCUGAAACUGCUGAAUCAUAUAAAUGGCUUCUUCAAAGUUUUUUGAAGGCUUUUGGUGUUGCACCUAAGGUGGUUGUGACUGAUCAGGACGCUGCAAUGAAAAUUGCCAUCCGAGAUGUUUUCCCAGAUACCAGACAUCGUUUGUGUAUGUGGCAUAUAAUGAUCAAAGUUUCUGAAAAGGUUGGUACUGAGCUAUCACAAGAUGAGGUUUUUAAAGAAGAUAUAUGUGAUGUUGUAUGGACUGAUGCUCUUGAACCAGCACAGUUUGAGACACAAUGGUGUGAUUUAAUGAUUAAGUACAACCUUACUAGUAACAGCUGGCUGUCUGAUAUGUACAACCUCAGAUCAGAUUGGAUUCCUGCAUACUAUCGUCAUGAACAUAUGUCCGGUCUUAUGCGUACAACAUCUAGGUCUGAGAGUGAAAAUCAUUUUUUUGGUCAAUUAACCAACACAAAAUUGUCAUUAGUUGAGUUUUUGAGCCAUUUUGAUACUGCAAUGGAAUCUCAGAGGUUUAAGCGCAGCAAACGUGAUCAUGAUACCAGAUACACACAACCUCGCAUGAAAACCAAUUAUGAAUUGGAACUGGAAGCUGCAAAGAUUUAUACUCAGGGGAUAUUUUUUGAUGUUCAAGAAGAAAUUCGACUUGCUUGCAAGAAUUGUAUGUGCAGGCGUGAAGAAGAAGUUGGUGAUUCAAUUAAGUUUUAUAUUCUACAGGUCAAUCUUCCUGGCCUUCAUGAGGUUCUUUUUACUCCUAAGGAUAUGGUAAUUAAAUGCAGCUGCAACCGAUAUGAGCAGUAUGGUUUGCUAUGUAGGCAUGCCUUUUGUGUUCUUCGUCUUUGUGGUAUAAAGGAGUUCCCUAAAAAAUAUGUUAUGGGGCGUUGGACAAGAGAUGUUGUUCCAAAAAAGACAAAAGUUUCGAGUUUUGAUCAAAAUGCUGCUGGUAAUCAAGUUGAACGUGCUUCCAGCAUUGUGCGUGAGAUAAUGACUGCAACUGAACAUAUUGUUAACCGUCUUGUUACAAAUAUUGACCUGUUAUCGUCGUAAAGAGACCAAGUGAUCGAGUCGAAGUUGAAGUUUGAUUCUGCUGACCUUCCUGCAGAAUCACUUGACAAGAAUGCAAGAUUAGCUAAUAUUCUUCAUGCUGAUCAGCCAUGUUCAUUGUCUUCUGCUACCAUUCUUCCACCUAGUGGUAUUAGAAACAAGGGGUGUGGUUCAAACAAACGCUUAAAGUCUUUUCGUGAGGUAUCAUCUUCAAGAAUAUCAAAGAAAACUAAAACUAGAGGUUGUUUGAUAUGUGGAGGUCAUGGACAUAAUAGUCGGACUUGUAAGAUGAAGACUACUGUUGCUGAUUCCCAAAAGAGCAGUUAGUCGUGUGUCAUGGAAAUCAUGAUAUUUGGAUUUGUUAUUUUUUUCAUUUCAGUUUGGAUUUCUUGUAUUCUUAUUAUGUUUACAACAUUCAACCAGCACAUUAUUAGUUUUUGUUGAUU